AUGCGAGCCAAACGAAUUAGCGAUCCUUUCUUGUGGGAAAAGGAAUUGGAUGACAGCAGUAUCCCCAAGAGUCCUCAAACGUCCAAAAGAUUGUAUGGUCAUCAUCUGUCCGUCUAUGAACGUCAUGAGAUUCGAGAUUAUCCCGAAGUGUAUUUUGUUGGUCCUCACGCAGCCAAGCAUCAAGCGACGUUGGACCGUCCGGAAUGCAAUUUUGGAUAUGAUGAUGAACGCGGCGAUUACAAUUUGGUGAUGCAGGACCAUCUGGGAUAUCGAUACGAAGUAUUGGAAGAGCUUGGUCGCGGUUCUUUUGGCCAAGUCGUCAAAUGCUUUGAUCACAAAACUCGAUCCACCGUUGCCAUCAAACUUAUCCGAAACAAAAAACGAUUCCAUGCACAAGCAUUAACCGAAGUCAAAAUCCUCAAAAAGCUGGUGGACUGGGAUCCUGAGGAUACCCACCACAAUGUGAGAAUGACGGACUAUUUCUAUUUCCGCAACCAUUUAUGCAUUGCUUGUGAAUGUCUAAGCAUCAAUCUCUAUGAGUUUAUCAAAAGUCAUAAUUUCAAAGGUUUUACGGUGAAUCUGAUUCGAAGAUUUACUUAUCAAUUGUUACAAUCGCUUAAUUUAUUAUAUGAUCAUGGUGUCGUUCAUUGUGAUUUAAAACCAGAGAACAUUCUCCUCAAACAUCCCACCAAAAGCACAAUCAAAGUAAUUGAUUUUGGUAGUAGCUGCUUAGAAAGCGAACGAGUCUACACAUAUAUCCAGAGUCGAUUCUAUCGUUCGCCAGAAAUCAUCCUUGGCAUGAAUUAUAAUAUGGCCAUUGAUAUGUGGAGUCUGGGAUGUAUCUUGGCAGAAUUAUACACUGGUGUGCCACUCUUCCCAGGCGAAAAUGAGCAAGAACAGCUGGCAUGUAUUAUGGAAGUAAUGGGUGUCCCUGAUAUGUACUUGAUUGAGCAGAGCGCUCGACGAAAAUUGUUCUUUGAUUCCCAUGGCAAUCCACGCAUUAUACCCAAUUCCAGAGGCAAAAAGCGGCGCCCUGGACACAAAACUUUAUCUCAUGCGAUGCGUUGCCACGAUACGUUAUUCUUGGACUUUGUGAGUCGUUGUCUUGAUUGGGAUCCGGAACGGCGCAUGACACCUGCAGAAGCACUAAGGCAUGAAUGGAUUUAUGAAUACAUCGCCAAACACAACAAACCGCCCGCACCACCGGCAGCCCCAUCCUAA